CUGAUUAAAGGUUCAUUAAUGAGUGUGAGGCCUGUAUGUGAACUUCAAUAUCGACAUUUGGCCUGACUUAUCAUACUUGCAGUGAACGAAGGAAAAUGACCUUGUUAACUAUGAUUGGACUAAAAUGUUCAGUAUCAUGAUAGACGAACAAUUUAGAGGAGAUCGUCCAUUAACUAGAACAAACUGUUCUAUAUGGAGUGGACUGCGCAACAAUGAAGUUUGACAACAUCACGGUAGUGCUGGGAGAGUUCGGAAAGUAUCAGAGGAUCCUGUACGUGUGCGUGUGCAUCCCGAUCAUCUUUACAGCUAUUCAGGAAUUCGCCUCCGUCUUCACUCUCGCCUUGCCAAAGCAUAGAUGCACUGUCCCUUCAUUGGAAAAUGAUACAUACGAAGUUCAAGGCAUUUGGCAUGAGAUUUUGAUUAACAAAUCCAUUCCUCGGGGCACUGAUGAUUCACUUGACUACGACGCAUGCGCAUUGUAUAUGUCCCAUGAAAACACGUCCUUCGACGAACAAGGCGUUCCUUUGAACUCUUCGACAUCGGAAUGUGACUCAUGGGUAUACGACCAGGCAACUUUCAAGAGCACAUUCUUCACAAAGAUCAACCUGGUUUGCAGCGAGGAAUUGGCACGCGCGAAUGCUAACACGGCGAUGUUUGUCGGGCACUUAAUUGGGGCCAUCAGCAUUGGUCUAGUGGCCGAUAUGUUUGGUCGAAAGAAGGCCUUGGUGGUCUCAAUAGUUGUGUUCAUCGUGGCGGCGUUCGGGUCGGCGUUCGCUCGCACAUAUGAAGUGUUCGUAUGCUUUCGGUUCCUGCAGGGUGUCGGUACCCUGAGCAUGUACACGACACUGUUUGUUAUCGGUCUGGAGCUGGUCGGUCCCUCGUAUCGAGUUGCUGCGGGUAUGCUCAUCAACUUCUUCUGGAGUGUCGGUCUCUACGUGCUCUGUCUCACGGCAUUCCUUGUGCGAUCGUACUUCCCACUGCAACUCGCCCUAGCAUGUCCGACAGUGAUACUCGUUCUACAUAUAUGGCUGGUACCAGAGUCUCCUCGAUGGUUGAUGUCUAAAGGACGUUACCAGGAAGCCAAUCAAAUUCUACAAAAGUGUGCCAAGGUCAAUGGCGUCACCUUACCCGAUUAUCUCAUAGACUACGACAUCGAUGACGUCACUAAAACCUCACAAAGCGUGCUGAAGAUGUUCACGGUCCCUCGAUUACUUUUAAGGACGCUGAUUAUUUACUUCAACUGGAUUGUCGUCAAUAUGGUAUAUUACGGUCUCACCCUCAACGUUGGCGAUCUUAGCGGGGACAUCUACGUGAACUUCGCCAUCAACAGCACUAUGGAGUUAGGCGCCUACAUUAUGUGUCUCCUGCUACUCAACAGGGUUGGAUGCAGGUGGCUGCACGCCAGCACAAUGAUUCUCGGAGGGGCCUCAUGUCUGUGCACGAUAUUUUCUACCCUCUAUGCUCUGCCUGAACACGCGUGGAUCACUGUGGUUCUUGCAAAUGUAGGCAAGUUUGGCAUCUCGGCUUCAUUCGCGAUCAUCUACUUCUGGUCGGCGGAACUGUUCCCGACUCUGGUGCGCAACUCUGGCAUGGGUUCGAGCUCCAUGGUCGGCAUCGUGGGGACCAUCCUGUCCCCAUAUACAAUGGAGCUGGGCAAAGUUAUUCCUGGAAAUUUCGGGAAGGCUCUUCCGCUUAUCAUAUUUGGAGGUCUCUCCUUAGCUGCCGGUCUUCUUAGUUUGCUUCUUCCGGAAACGAAAGGAGCUGUCCUUCCGGAAUCAGUGAGGGACGCGGAGAAAUUCGGAAGACCAAGCAAGAAAGCGCCGACUUCAUAAAUAAGAUUAGCUGUCAUUGUCAUGUACAAAAUAUUUCAUGCAACAUUAAAUGUAAUAGGAAUUUAAAA